AUGGCAAAUGAGCUUGAAUUGAUUAGACGCCAAGAGGGAGAACAACAUCAACAUACAACAACAACAAUAAACGGUGAUUUUCCAUUAAUUAAACAUAGUAAACGUAUGAUGAAAAUUAGUAGAAGAAAACAAAUUAAACCAAAUAGACUAAUGAACGAUGAAACUAUUUCAAAUACGGAAAACUCUGAAUUAGUUAUCAAUCAACAUCAGACGCAUGAUCAAUCGUCGAAUGAAUCCAGUGAUGAUGAUGUCAAUGCUGUUGAAGAAAAAUUAAAUGAAGAAGAUAUCAAAAAUGAGCCAAUGACUGCCUCAUCAUCAACAAUAAAUUUUGUUGCAGUAUCAUCACCGGAUCAUCACAAUAAUAUUUCAACGCCAUUAACAAAUAAUAUGCAAGCAACCACUAUUUCUUCUCUCUCCUUUUCUUCCUCUCAUUCUCCUCAUCAUUAUUGUUCAUCAUCAUCUUCACCGUCAUCAACGUGUUCGUCUUCACCAAUAAUAAAUGCAAUCAAGCCUAUAUCCUAUUCAUUAUUGAACAGUAAUCAAAACAAUUUAACGUGCAAUGAUAUCACAAUACCAACAUUAACAACAACAGAAACGAGUAUUAAUGAUGAUGAAAAUGAAAAUUCAUCACUGUUGUUAAAACCAUCAACAUCUCCAUUGACUUCUACAUUUAAUCGUCAUGAAGCCUAUUGUCAUCUAUGCCGGAAAGAAUUUUGUAAUAAAUAUUUUCUAAAAACACAUUUUGCAAAAAAACACGGUGUACUGGAUAUGACAUCAACCGUUUUAGUCGGUCCAGGAGUCAUGAGUCAUUUUAAAUAUUCGACAAACAAAUCGAUCACUAAUAGAAAUCAUCCGACUCCAACAUCACCGUCCUCUUCUUCAUCCCCAUCUCCCACAACAAAUGGAACUGGAACACUCACUAUUCCAUUAGAUUCCACUAAUGACAAAAUACAUGUUAAUAAAUCCGAAGACAAUACUAAUAAUGCAAUGAAGAUUUCAAAAGAAACAAAAACUACUCCAUUAUCAACACCAACAAAACAGGAUUAUUCAGCUGACACAUUAAUAGAAGAUUAUUGCGAAUUAUGUCAAAAACGAUUUUGUAAUAAAUACUAUUUACGAAAACAUCGCGCUGAAGUGCACGGUGUUUAUACUGAUUAUAUUAAAUCAUUGCAAAAAAGUGGUGAAAGCCCACUGAAAUCUAGUCGUUCGUCUGUAUCAGUAUCAACUACUAGUCAAAAUAAUAACACAUUAUCAAUUCAGACGACGACAACAACAACAGCAACAACAACAACACCAUCAACAUCCAGUCAAGGUGUUACACCGUCGAACAUGAUCUUGAUGAAUCCCUAUUUACUUCAUCCAUCGCAAUUUUUUCUUUCACCAAAUAUGUUUUCUGAUUUAAAAAUACCGCAACCGAUAUUUGCAUCGUCUAAUAAUACUGCUGCCAUGUUUCAAACAACACCAUCGUCAUCAAAUGGACAACAACAAUAUUCGACAAAAAAUGACAAUGAUAACAGCAAAAUUAAAAUAGAAAAUAAUGAAUAUGAUGAAUCAGAAAAACAUGAUGGACAAACACUUUGCAAAGAUAUGAAUGAACUUGAUUUAAAAAAAUUGAAUGAACAACAAAAACCUAAGGAGGAACACGACGUUGAUGAGUCAGUUGAACAGAAAAUAAAAACCGAAACUAUAGAUAAAUUAAACCAUCGUCGCGAGCUAUUAUCCUGUGAAUUAUGCGAUCAACAAUUUAAAAAUAAACAAUUGUUACGUGCGCACGUCAAUACACAUCAUUUAUCACCGUUAAAAAAUGGACGUAAUAAUAAUAAUAAACAAAUACACUCGUCUAAUAGUAAUAAUUUAGAUAGAUUAGCAUUUCUUAGUCCAUAUGUUGAUACAACAAGUGUUUUGGCUCAUAAACUUGAACAUACAAUACCUUACGGUAUUAUGGCUGAUUCAUAUUUUUGUGCUAAAAUGGCCGAUCGAGUGGUGUGUGAAAUAUGUAAUAAACAAGUAUGCAAUAAAUAUUUUUUAAAAACACAUAAAGCAAAAGUACACGGUAUUACAAACGAUAUGACACCGACAAUGGUCAAUAUGAACAGUUUACAACAAAAAACAAUAUCAACAACAGCUGAUGAUAUUACAACAACAUCCAACGAUGAUAAUGAAAGUUCACGCGGUACCAAAGAAGAAGAGACAAAUUCAACAGGUACAGAUAAUGAAUCAUUUUCAAUGUCAAGUUUGAUGUUAACAGCAGAAGACCGAGAUGAUCUAAUAAAAGCCAGUAUAGAUCCGGAAGCCUAUUGUAUUAUAUGUAAAAAGGAAUUUUGUUCAAAAUAUUUUCUUCGAACUCAUCAUCAAAAUAUUCAUGGUUUACCAACUACAUCAUCGUCCUCCACAAAUACUCCGACUACAACAACAGCAAUAUCUUCAAUAGCAACUUUACAAACAAAUGGUUCAAAACGCAAUAAAAAGGAUACAAAACAUUCUGGUAUUUCACCAUCAAUACCCAACACAAAAACGAUAUCCGAUUCUAAAAUAUCUGUUCCAUCAACACCAAUUUCAACCGAUACUUACCAAACGUUACUUCAAUUUAUGCAAGCUGCUGCUGCUUUUACAGAAAAUCCUAGCCAAAAUCCAUGUUUGAUAAUGAGCGCUUUAUCACGAGCAAAUCAAUUUUCAGAUUCUUUAUCUAUUGACUGUAAAAAACAUUUAUUAAUAUCAAAAAACGGGCAAAUUAACGGAAAUCAAUCAAACGAUGAAGAGGAAGAUGAAGCUGAUGGAAAUCAUACAUGUAAAAGAAAAAAUUCUGAUUCACACCAAGAGCACCAUCAAAAAACGAUUAAACGAAAAACAGCUAAUGAUCAUGAGGAAGAAAUUUUUGAUGACACAAAAAAGCGUAAAACAAACUUAAAUGAUGAAGAAGAGCUUAAAUUGUCAAAAUUGAACAUAGACACAUCUCAAAUGAAUCUUAUGAAUGAAACAUCACCGAUAAAUGGUGGUAGUGAUGGAGGAGGUUUACAGCCAUUUUUACUUGAAAGUGACGAUCCAAAGUUCAUUCAUACAUUUGUUCCAUGUAUGGUCUUUCUUCCGGUUAAGAGUCGUGUCACAAAACAAGUACAUUUAAAUUUACGUUUGAAGCCGGUGCUCACAAAUGACGAAUCUAACUGA